AUGAAGUGGUUGGGAGAAUCCAAGAACAUGGUAUUGAAUGGCAGGAGGCCUUGCAGCAGGUUGUCCAGUGAACGACAUCGGAGUCGGAGCAAGCCAAGGAGUUCAGGAAGAGAAAAUUUGAGAGCCAGCAAAAGUGUUUCUGAUCGAAGAUCUAGCAGAUGUAGCAGUGGAUCUACUUUUGAAACUCAGAGUCGCUAUGUACCUUCAUCAGGAAUGACUGCAAAAGAGCUAUGUGAAAAUGAUGACCUUGCAACGAGCCUGGUGUUGGACCCCUAUUUGGGAUUUCAGACACACAAAAUGAAUACCAGGUUUCGCACUAUUAAAGGGAGACAGGAGGAGCUAAAAGAAGUCAUCGAGAACUUCAAGAAAACUGAACACUUGGAGAAAACUUUCAAAAGUUUGGUGUCUGGAGACUGGGCACGUCAUUAUUUUCUUCACAAGAAUAAAAUGCAGGAGAAGCACUUCAAGGAACAUGUGUUCAUCUACUUGAGAAUGUUUGCAACUAGUAGCGGGUUUGAAAUAUUGCCUUGUAACAGAUAUUCCUCUGAGCAAAAUGGAGCCAAAAUAGUUGCAACUAAAGAAUGGAAACGUAAUGACAAAAUAGAACUUCUUGUGGGCUGUAUAGCAGAGCUGUCUGAAGCAGAAGAGAAUAUGCUGUUACGUCAUGGGGAGAAUGACUUUAGUGUCAUGUACUCCACCAGGAAAAACUGUGCUCAGUUGUGGCUUGGUCCAGCUGCCUUCAUUAACCAUGAUUGCAGACCUAACUGUAAGUUUGUAUCAACUGGCCGUGAUACUGCUUGUGUAAAAGCACUGCGGGAUAUUGAGCCUGGGGAAGAGAUCUCGUGUUAUUAUGGGGAUGGCUUUUUUGGCGAAAACAAUGAGUUCUGUGAGUGCUACACAUGUGAAAGGAGAGGAACUGGUGCUUUUAAAUCACGAGUUGGACUCAAUGAGCCGGCUCCUGUAAUCAACAGCAAAUAUGGACUAAGGGAAACGGACAAACGUUUAAACAGACUCAAAAAGCUCGGUGACCGUGGCAAAAACUCAGACAGCCAGUCAAUAAGCUCCAACACGGAUGCAGACACAUCUCAGGAAAAAUCAUCAAGAAAUCGAAAAUCUUCAGUUGUUUUGAAGAAGAACGGGAAAAGACGAACAUUGACAAGACAGGCUAUGUCAAAAAUUCCAGUUUCAUCCUCUUCUACCUCAUCAAAACUCACUCACAUAAAUAAUUCCAGGGUACCAAAGAGACUGAGAAAGCCUGUAAAGCCUUUACAUUGUAAAACAAAGAUGAGAAACAACUGCAGACAACCAGAGCAAAGUAAUGCUCCAAAAAAGCUUGAAGUAGGUAACUUUGUUCUUAAAGAACCUAAGGUAGUGCUGUAUAAAAAUGAGGCCGUUAAAAGGGAUAACCAGAGAGAAGGACCAUCAAAGUUAAGAGAAAAUACUGGUUGCUUAACUAGACAUGCAGCUAGAGAAUAUAAACUGAAUUCUAUGAAAGGUGCUCGUGAUGAAAGUUCAUGUUCAUAUAUAACACGAAGUUCUACGAGAACAAGAAACUCUUUGGAAGCGGAUGCCAAGCUUCCACCAAAUACAUUGGAUAGCUAUAGAAGUAGCAGCAGUGGGAGUCUAACACAGAUGCAGAGAACCGAUACUAAAGAUCAACCAGUUCAUAAGAAUGAACUUGAUCAAGAAACUGCAAAAUUAUGGGAUAAUAGAUAUCAAAGAAAUGGUUUCCGUAAGUCAAGGAGAAGCAGGCACUUGAAACGUGUUAUGAAUACUGAAAUGACAAACUCUGAAUUAGAAUCUUCUAAGAAAGAUAAUAUGUGUGGCUUAGAAAGCUCACGUUGUGACUCGGGUGUAGGCAAUGUUGUCACUAACAGUUCACCAUAUUGUAUAGGUAUGACAAACUCAGAUGAUUACCCUAUGGUCACCUCGGAUAUAAGGACAAAAGAAAACAUAAGAACAAUUAAAAGUAAAAAAAGUAGAAGAAUCACAAGAUACGAUGCACAGUUAAUUCUUGAAAAUAGCACUGGAAUUCCAAAGCUGACCCUUCGUAGACGUCAUGACAGCAACAGCAGUAAAACAGAGAAGGAAAAUGACAACAUGAGCUCAUCAAAAAUUAGCAUCAAAUUAAGCAAAGAUCAUGAAAAGGACAAGAAUAGUUUGUAUGUAGCAAAAUUAAACAAUGGCUUCAAUUCAGGAUCAGGGAGCAGUUCUACAAAACUAAAGAUCCAGUUAAAGAGGGAAGAAGAAGCUAGAAUGUCUUUUCCAAACGAACUUCAUGAAAAUGGAGUGUACUGUAAUGACACAUUAUCUCUUAUGGGGACAAGAAUGGAAGUUAAUGAUUAUGAUCAUUACGAGGAAGAGAGCUUGGAGGAAUCUUCUGAAGAAGAGCGUGAAGAUGAUGAUGAUGAGAAGGAUGAUGAUGAUGAUGAUGAGGAUGAUGAUGAUGAUGAUUACGAUGAUGAAUUUGAAGAUGAAUUUAUUCCUCUGCCACCAGCAAAGCGUUUGAGGCUUAUUGUGGGAAAAGAUUCAAUAGACAUUGAUAUUUCUUCUAGACGGAGAGAAGAUCAGUCUUUGAGGCUCAGUGCGUGAACUUAUUUUUUUUAUUUAUUUUUAUUUUUUUUGGACCAUAAGUAAUUGGUAGUUCUUUACUUACAAAAAUAUUAACUGAAUUUUUUCCUUAACUGAAAGUGUACAUUUUAAAGAAUGCACUUCUGUAUUGUUAGUCCACUUGAAAUUGUAGAAAGUGUACAGCAUAUUGACUUUUUUUUACAGUGCUUUUUAACAGUCUUCUUACAUGCAGUUUUGAGUUAAAAAAAAAAAAAUAUUAAAAAGUGGGUACUGUGUAUAUUGUGGGAAGAAAAUGUAAAUAAUUUAUCAACUUUCAACACAUGACAAUAAAGUCUAAUAUUGUGACUGCCCAGUCAUACUUCAGCUCAUAGGACCUCUACAGUAUCAUAAAAAAAAACAACAGCACAUUAAAUAUCUCAUGUUUUUAU